AUGUAUCCGGAUGGUGGUAUUGCAAGAUUUAAAUUAUAUGGGAAAGUCAGUAGUCCGAUAGUUAGUGGCAACCAGCAAGUAGGUAUAGAUUUGGCUAGUGUUGUCAAUGGCGCAGUGGCUUGGAGUUAUUCUGAUCAGCAUUUCGGAUCGGCUGAUAAUUUAUUAUUACCUGGUAGAGGUCAUGAUAUGUCGGAUGGUUGGGAAACAAAAAGAUCUAGAUCAGCAGAUCAUACCGAUUGGGUUAUUAUUAAAUUAGGACGACAAUCCAGUUAUAUUCAAAAGGUAAUCGUUGAUACGGCACACUAUAGAGGAAAUUUCCCACAAUAUAUUACUGUGCAUGGCUAUCACAAUGAGCCAACCGACAACACGGAUUGCGUGGAAUUAGUUGGUAAAGUUAAAGUUGGGCCUGACCAAGAACAUGUUUAUAAUAUUGAGCGGGAUGUUAAUAUUGCAUAUAUCAAAUUAACAAUCAUUCCAGAUGGAGGUGUUAAAAGGCUAAGAGUUUGGGGAAGGUAG